CAGGUGUCACCGGUAACUGAGAGCAGAGGCUCUACAAAACACACAUCUUAACUUUAAAAAUACGCACACUGCACAUAUGCAAAUAUCGCGGUCACAUUUCAAAUGCAUUAAAUCUCAAAACAAAACAAAAACACUUUUUGAAAGUUAUUGUGUAUUACUUCUUUACAUAAUGUGUGUACAAUAAAUGAUAUUGAUGUGAAUGAGGUGUACAAUGAAAUGACUGUGGUAGUGAAAUCUCUCCUCCCUCACACACACUCCUGCUCUCAUUGAACAUGUCUUAAUGAUGAAUUAAUUGCAUCAUUAGCUGGGAGUUGCUGCUGUAACCAUGUUGGCAUCAAGACAUAUGUGGAUUGCACUACGCCUGAUCACCGAGUACACAGGAAGUAGGAACUGUGAUAGGGGUCGACCUCCUCACACGAGUGACUACAUUACAUGUGUUAAUGUCAAAAAGUAAUAAGAAUAUUUAUAAUGGCAUUUUGUGUGUGCACGUGCACAUGCAUUGUACAGUCAUAUAGAAGUGCUUUUUCCUCAGACUCACUCUCAUCCCUGAUAGUGGGUGAGUAGAUUUCUCAUUCUCUUUGUCUUUAAGUUGCUUGUUCACUUACUCAAGCUUUUUUCCUCUUAAAAUCUCUCUCUCCCUCUCUCAGUCGUCUUGCAUGGGAUUAAGAAGGAUUUACAGGGAUUACUCCCCUCUGUUCCCGGGGAACACUGUCACUGCAUGUACGUCAGCACGCCUGAAUGACGUUACUCCACUCUGAGCCAGCCAGCACAUCCUGGAGCCCAGCAUCUGAACUUAGCUCGUGUGAGAAAAGAGGGGAGAGGGAGGUGAGUGGAGAAGCUUCUAGCAACCCGAAGUAGACUUCCGUUGCAUACUUGUUCUCAUGACUUAUUGUUGUUCUGUAUUGUUUAUGUUGUUGCUGUUGUGGAGUCUGGUGUCGACCAGAGGAGGAUGCCCCUCCCCUUUGAGUCCUGGUUCCUCUCAAGGGUUUUUCCUCAUGCUCUAGGGAGUUUCUGCUGGCCUCUCUUGCCCUCGGCUUGCUCACCGGGGCUCGGACUUGGACGUCUUUAAAGCUGCUUUGUGAUUACGUCUGUUGUAAAAGGUGCCUGAAAUGUUUCUCUGUUGCAGAUUAACUGUGACUCUUCCACUUCAGAUGCCUGGGACUUUGUAGAAUCUUUUAAACCAAGCCAAGCUUUUAAAGUUCUGGUUUUGUGCUCAAUGAGGCAAAGCCAAAAUGUACAAGGCCCCUCACGACGCUGACUCGAUUCCAAAAUGUAUCAGAAGAAAGUUUUCAGAUUCUGACAGUGUGGGAUAAAUGGAAUAGUUAACUGAUGCUAACAUGGGAGUUUGAAACCCAUCCAACCAGAACCACAGCAUUGUAAGGCUGUGUUUGCCAUAUAAUGAUGGUCCAGCUUGUUCUGUGCAGGUGUGGCUGAGCAAGAGGUGAGUGGGAAGCCGUCGAGACCCCAGCGAGUCCAGGUUCUGUGUUAUGAGGCCAGUUAUGGAACCUGGGCCAGAUCCCCUGGGUCAAGAUGGAAUGAGUAUGAGAGACAUGGGUAAGAGGCAGUACAGGAGGCCUGAAUAACCUUUAUAAGACUCAUAUAGUCCAGUAUGUGGUGUAUGGUUGGUUGUGAACAAUUGGAGUGUGAGUAUAAGUUUGUUAUUAGGUCAACAAAUGUAUUCACUGAAGUGAAUCUGCAUGCAUAUUCAUGCAUGCGCGUAUAUGCGUUUGUGUGCGCAUGUGCAUGCUCAUUUGUGUGUAUGCAUGCAUGGUACAGGCCUGGCACAGAUCUCGUCUCACGUGAUGGAAGAGUUGAGGGACUCUGUGGGCAGUGACACAGAGCUCCUGCAGGUGCUCCUUCACGCUCCCUGGCUGCAGGCUCUGCUGAAGGUAUAUGACUGCCUGCAGCGGUACCUCAGCAGCUCUGCCAUGGUCUGUCUCUCCUGCGUCUCCGGGCUCUCACUCGAGAUUGUGUCAGAUCUGGAGGUCCUGCCGUACCCUUCCCAGGAGGCCGCGGAGCUCCACAACCUCCUAACAAAGCCCCACCUACAGGCUCUGCUCUCUGUCCAUGACGUGGUGGGCCUGAAGGACUACGAGCCUGUGCUGCCCCCGCUGCCCGAGACCCUGCCUGUGGACGGGGAGGCCAUGAGGAUCAUCUGCCUGGUCAAGAACAAUCAGCCAUUGGGAGCGACUAUACGGAGAGAUGAAAGGACAGGAGAGAUUUACGUGGCUCGGGUCAUUCAUGGAGGGCUGGCUGACCGCAGUGGCCUCCUGUAUGCUGGAGACCGACUGGUUGAGGUGAACGGACAUGCCGUGUUUGGAUUGGAACCGGAGCAGAUCAUACAUAUACUGGUCCAGUCCCAGGGAGCCGUCACGUUUAAAGUCGUCCCCAUCGCUGACAGGCCUGUGAACACCCAGUCGAUGCUGUAUGUGCGUGCCCUGGUGCACUACAACCCGUGGCAGGACCCAGCCAUCCCCUGUGCACAUGCUGGUUUGGCCUUCAGGAAGGGGGACCUGCUGGAGAUAGUGGACCAGACUGAUGCCCUCUGGUGGCAGGCGAGGAAACUGCCAUGCAGUGCCACCUGUGCCGGCCUCGUCCCCUCGGCCAAUCUACUCAAGAGGAAGCAGAGAGAAUUCUGGUGGUCGCAACCUAAAUCUCACACCUGUAGUCAAGCCCUGAGCGCGACUCAUGAAGGUGAGUAUGGUUUAUUGGUGUUGCAGAAACGAGUUGCCGCUUGUUUCUUUUUAGGGGCUUGAGUUGUCUCUUUUUAUUCCCCUCCUCCAUGUCUCACUCCUUCCUCAGAGGAUGACAUAAUGACUAUAGAUGUGAAUUUCACAGAACCGUGGAUAUUUGGAUUUUGCUGUGUAAAUAUAACAUCUUAAAAUUAGGUUAGAAUUUCAAUACUCAUCUAAUUAAAUUGAUUUUUCAUAGAUGGACAAGCGUUUGAAUCUGGUAAGCCCUUUGUUUUUAGAGUAGAAUGACGAUCCAAGAUAACUGUUGAAGCUAAUACAUUAGAAGCAACCAAUAACUUCGUUUUAUCGGAGAGGGUGAGUGCACGGGGAAGUUCACGCUUCACUCUUCACAGCCACCCUUAGUUUCUCCUUUUGGCUGAACGCAUGACAUGUUUGUUGGGUUUUCUCUGGUUUCAGAGGAGAAUGAGCUUAACUUCCAAGGACUCUAUCUGGGUAUGUUGAUUACAAGUUUAACAUAUCGUCACUACAGCGAGAAUGGUGAUCAGGAAAGCAUUUGCAUUUUAUGCCUUUUAGCAUAACUGCAUUAUAUUUAAAUUUCAGAAAUCAUAUUGUUUCAUUACCAGAAUUUUUAAUGACAGUAACAUUAUUUGACUAAUAUUGUCAACAAUGACAAGACAUUUACUUCUUUCUUUUACAUUCUUUUGUAUUUAUGCUAUGACAGCAGUACAAAUAGUUUCUGGUUGGAAUCAAAACUUUAUUGAUUUGCUGUGUUUGUGUAUUUUUAUGGCAGUAUUAACUUUCCAUGUUUCUGGUUGCUAUCAUAAAGAUGUACCAGCUGUGUGUCUGCUUGCUGUGGCUCUGCUGACGGUGUGUGUUUUCUCAUCACCUGAGCUGGGUUCCAACGGAGCCUACGUCUGUGCCGUCGCCGCGGGGCUCAGGGUAGGGGACUGUUCGGCUC